UCGAAAUGCCGACCUUAAGCAUUGCUAAUGCAGCUCUUUCCAACCGAGGAAGGAAUCCAGUUGAAUUGAUGUCCCGCCCACAGUAGACUGACAGCUACAAACUUGGGAAGAUGCAUGUCGUUGAAUCAGCGAAAGAACUUUGCCGGGAAAGGUCUUGGUUUCCGAAAGCGCGUCGAUGUGCCGUCUCUUUUCGUCUUGCAUUGUCGUCGCCACAGUUCACCUUGUUGGCUUUUGCCAUUCAGAGCCUCACGCCGUUCGUCACGGUUCCAGGUCUGACUGUCGACAGUCUUUCCAUAGAUCCCCCGCCCGCCGUCUUUGUGCCCACAUCAGUACACGGAAACUCGAAACUUGUGUGCUCUCAGAUCACAUACCCCAGUCGAAAUCAGGAACAAUAAAAUAUCUGCUAGCGCUCGUUCUAUGCAAACGAUACUAGGUUUACUUCAAAUGUAAUUCCAGACCCUUCAAUCAUCUGC